AUGUCAGCAGCCAGAAGACCCGCACCAAGAGGAGGAAGGAAAGGGAGACAAGAAUUGACUGAAGAACAAAAACAAGAAAUAAAAGAAGCUUUUGACCUCUUUGAUACAGAUGGGUCUGGAAGCAUUGAUUCAAAAGAGCUUAAAGUUGCUAUGAGAGCCCUUGGUUUUGAGCCUAAAAAAGAAGAGGUAAGAAGGAUGAUUGCUGAGGUCGACAAAGAUGGCUCAGGGACUAUUGAGUUCCCAGAAUUCCUAUACCUUUAUAUAAGAAUUAUUAAAAAUACUUUUUUUAAAAAAAAUAAAUAAAAAUAUAUUUAAAGGUAUAGACAUGAUGGCUGCCAAAAUGGCUGAGAGAGACCCAAAGGAAGAAAUUUUGAAAGCUUUUAGACUAUUUGACGACGAUGGAAGCGGGACUAUUACUUUUAACAAACUCAAGCGUGUAGCAAGAGAGCUUGGAGAGAAUAUGACUGAUGAAGAACUUAUGGAAAUGAUUGAAGAAGCUGAUAGAGAUGGAGAUGGCGCUGUCAAUCAAGAGGAUUUCUUAAGAAUUAUGAAGAAAACUAAUUUAUUCUAA